AUGACCCUCACCAAAGGCUCCUUCACCUACUCCAAUGGGGAGGAGUACCGCGGCGAGUGGAAGGAAGGUCGCAGGCACGGCGUUGGGCAGCUGACGUUUGCCGAUGGCACCACUUAUGUGGGGCACUUUGAGAACGGGCUCUUCCACGGCUGCGGCGUGCUCACCUUCUCCGACGGCUCCAGGUACGAGGGGGAGUUUGUGCAGGGCAAGUUCAACGGCGUUGGUGUCUUCACCCGUUGUGACAACAUGACCUUUGAGGGCGAGUUCAAAGGCGGGCGCGUGUAUGGCUUCGGGGAGUGCUCGGCAGCACGGUGUCUCCUGACCUUCCCCGACGGCUCCCAUGGAGUGCCCCGCAACGAGGGCUUCUUCGAGAACAACAAGCUGCUGCGGCGGGAGAAGUGCCCAGCUGUUAUCCAGAGAGCCCAGAGUGCCUCCAAGUCUGCCCACAACCUGACAGCAUGA